AAAUGCAAGUGUUGUUAUUUGUAGAAAUUUUAUUUUAAGUAUUUAUUAUUUUUAUUUUUUUUUGUGACUCAACGAGUGUAACAAUUCAAAAGUGAUGUUGUGGUGAUUAAAAUUAGACGAAUUUCAUCCUUAAAUUGCUUUAAUUUUGUAUAUUGCGCACCAGAACACCACUGGCGACUAGACGACGAUUUCGUAAUAGUUUCAGUCGCCUCCAAAUCACUCUUCACGAAACACACAAAAAUGAAAUUCCUCAUUUUCGCACUUUUCGCAAUCAUUUCCAUCAAAAACUCAUUUUGCAUGGAAUGUUACUCCACAAAUCUGGAAGCUUUGGCCAAAGGAGUCUCAGAGCACUCUCCCCAAGACUGCAGUCAAAGUUUGAAAAAAUUCGAACGAAGAUUGGACGUGUCUAAACUCGACAUGACCUGUUUUAAAUUCGUGGUUCAAGGAGACGGACAAACCGCAAUUGUGAAGGGAUGUGUCCCGAAAGGGGGCUGUGGCUUGAUGGAGGGGGCCCUCACGAGCAUGUUGCCCUUUUCAGGUGAUGCCAAGUGCUACGAAUGCGAGGGGGCUUUGUGCAAUUCCGCCCCGAAAACGCAUCUUUUCACUUUUUUUUCACUCUCUUUGCCAGUUUUAGUGUUCAAACUGUUGUAAUAAAUUAGAAUUAAAAGUUUUGUUCACUUA